UUGUUUUCAUUAUUUUUGAGGGGCCGUUAACUAGACGAGGCAGAGAAGAAUAUAAAUAGCUUUGUAUCUCUAUUUCUUUACUGAUUAAUCACCCACUCCCCGGUUAUUGCAUCAAGGCCCUGCCCCUCCUUUGAUUCCCGACCGGCUUCCUGUGUUUGUGCGGUUCUCACAAGCCAGGGAGUGAGGAGGAGCAGAACUGGGAGUUGAGCGAGCGAAGGGCCGAGCUGCCACCUCAACAUGGAGUAGCCUAGUGUCCUCGACAACAGUAGCGGACCACAAAGAGGAAUACUCGAGGGGUUAUUUUUCUACAAGGAUGCGCCGCAAAUGAUACCACAUCAAAGAUUCCACAACGCGAAGGAAGGAUCGGUUUAUAUUUAAAAGAUGGCGAACGACUCUCCGGCUAAAAGUCUGGUCGAAAUAGACCUGGCUUCAUUGCGGGAUCCAGCAGGGAUUUUUGAAUUGGUGGAAGUGGUCGGAAAUGGCACCUAUGGACAAGUAUACAAGGGGAGACAUGUCAAAACUGGACAGCUGGCCGCCAUCAAGGUCAUGGACGUCACAGAGGAUGAGGAGGAGGAAAUCAAACUGGAGAUCAAUAUGCUCAAGAAGUACUCCCAUCACAGAAACAUUGCCACGUACUACGGUGCUUUUAUCAAGAAGAGUCCCCCGGGGCAUGAUGACCAACUGUGGCUGGUGAUGGAGUUCUGUGGGGCGGGCUCCAUCACAGACCUGGUGAAGAACACUAAAGGCAACCAGCUCAAGGAGGACUGGAUCGCCUACAUCUCCAGAGAAAUCCUCCGGGGACUGGCCCACCUGCACGCCCACCACGUCAUCCACCGUGACAUCAAGGGACAGAACGUCCUGCUCACAGAGAACGCCGAGGUCAAGCUUGUGGACUUUGGCGUGAGUGCCCAGUUGGACCGGACGGUGGGGAGGAGGAACACAUUCAUCGGGACGCCCUAUUGGAUGGCGCCCGAGGUCAUCGCCUGUGACGAGAACCCUGAGGCCACCUACGACUACAGAAGUGACUUAUGGUCCACUGGAAUCACUGCCAUUGAAAUGGCCGAAGGAGCUCCUCCGCUGUGCGACAUGCAUCCGAUGCGAGCACUCUUCCUCAUCCCAAGGAACCCUCCCCCGCGACUCAAGUCCAAGAAGUGGUCUAAGAAGUUUUGCAGCUUCAUCGAGGGCUCCCUGGUGAAGAACUACAACCAGCGCCCCCCCACUGAGCAGCUGCUCAAGCACCCCUUCAUCAGGGACCAGCCCAACGAGAGGCAGGUCCGCAUCCAGCUCAAAGACCACAUCGACCGCACCAAGAAGAAGAGGGGGGAGAAAGAUGAGACUGAAUAUGAGUACAGCGGGAGUGAGGAGGAAGAGGAGGAUGCUGGAGAGCAAGAGGGAGAGCCUAGCUCCAUAGUGAACAUGCCGGGGGAGUCGACGCUGCGUAAGGACUUCAUCCGGCUGCAGCAGGAGAACAAGGAGCGCUCGGAGGCGCUGCGCCGACAGCAGCUCCUACAGGAGCAGCAGCUCCGUGAGCAGGAGGAGUACAAGCGCCAACUAUUGGCCGAGAGACAGAAACGCAUUGAGCAACAGAAGGAGCAGAGGAGGCGACUGGAGGAGCAACAGCGGCGUGAGCGCGAGAUGAGGAGGCAGCAGGAGCGCGAGCAGCGCCGCCGCGAGCAGGAGGAGAAGAGGCGCAUGGAGGAGAUGGAACGACGGCGGAAAGAGGACGACGAGCGCCGGAGGGCGGAGGAGGAGAAGAGGAGGAGCGACCGUGAGCAGGAGUACAUUCGUCGGCAGCUGGAAGAGGAGCAGAGGCACCUGGAGAUCCUGCAGCAGCAGCUGCUCCAUGAACAGGCCAUGCUCCUGGCCGACGAGCGCUUCCGAAAGAACAUUCAGGGCUCCCCCCAGACCGCCCCACCCACCAAGCAGCCCCCUGUGCCCCCCCGCUCUGAACCAUUCUCUAACGGCAGCUCCUCCUCCGAGUCUGUUCCGCCUGCCAUGCACCGGCCCAUGGAACCACAGGUCCAGUGGUCCCACCUGGCCGCUCUUAAGAGCAGCAGCGCCGCCCCGCCCCCUGUCGUGUCUCGCUCCCAUUCCUUCAGUGAACCCGCGGUUCCUAGUUUUGCACAUCUCCAUCUGCGCUCCCAGGAGCCCCACAACCACCACCUUCACCCCUCUGCUGCCGCGCCAUCAGCUGCACGCACUGACCCCCAGCCCCCCGCCUCGGGCCCCAGUGACGAGGUGCCCCCCAGGGUUCCAGUGAGGACAACGUCCAGGUCCCCUGUGUUGUCACGCAGAGACUCUCCUCUCCAGGCCUCUGCCCCGCCUAGCAACCAGGCAGUACAGAGGAGCGCCGGCAGUAAUGUGGAGCCACGUCUGCUGUGGGACCGAGUGGAGAAGCUGGUUCCCAGGCCUGGCAGUGGCAGCUCCUCUGGCUCUUCCAACUCCAGCUCCCAGGCCGGCUCUGGGGAGAGGUUUAGAGCACGCUCAUCGUCUAAGUCUGAGGGCUCCCCACUGCAACGCCCCGACAACGCUGCCAAAAAGCCUGACGACAAGAAGGACUUUGCCCGACCCAACCGGCCAGCCGGUGACGUGGACCUGACGGCCCUGGCCAAAGAGCUGCGGGCAGUGGAGGAUGUGCGGCCCCCCCACAAGGUGACAGACUACUCCUCCUCCAGCGAGGAGUCGGGCACCACCGACGAAGACGACGAUGAAGAAGUGGACCAGGACGCAGCAGACGAGUCCACCUCAGGAGCAGAGGAUACCAGGGCCGGGAGAGGUCUGAGUAACGGAGAGACUGCAUCCCUGAAGACCUUACUGGCCCACGACGACUCAGAGAACGACCUCACAACACCCUCCAAGGAUGGCACCUUGGUCAUCAGACAGAGCGCGGGCGACAAAAAGCGCCCGGUGGUCAAUGUCUCUUCAUCCUCCUCCGGUCCCAGUGUGGCUCACGGUCAAGCCGUUCAAGCACAUACUCCUCCCGGUCCUGGUAACGGUCACCAGGAGAAAAACGGCUUUGCCGGCCGCAUUCACCUGCUGCCAGACCUUAUUCAGCAGAGCCACCACUCCCCCACCUCCGCCUCCUCCACCUCUUCUUCCAUCUCCAUCUCCCCCUCCUCCAGCCAUGUCAGCCCAGCCAUGUCCCCCCAGACCCCCCUGGACAAGCUCACUGCCAUCGAGACCCAAUCGGCCAGCAACACCAUGCAGAAACACAAGUCUUCCUCCUCCUUCACCCCCUUCAUCGACCCGCGCCUCCUGCAGGUCUCCCCCUCUAGCGGCAGCUCCCUCAACAACAUGGCGGCCUUCGGGAACGACGGGCGGCUGGUGGACGCCCUGAGGGCUGACCCGUCCCGUAAGGGCUCCGUGGUCAAUGUGAACCCGGUCAACACACGCCCCCAGAGCGACACGCCCGAGAUCCGCAAGUACAAGAAGAGGUUCAACUCUGAGAUCCUGUGUGCUGCACUAUGGGGUGUCAACCUGCUGGUGGGGACAGAGAGUGGUCUGAUGCUGCUGGACCGUAGUGGUCAGGGGAAGGUCUACCCCCUCAUCAGCCGACGGCGCAUCCAGCAGAUGGACGUCCUGGAGGGACUCAACGUCCUGGUCACUAUAUCAGGGAAGAAGAAUAAGUUGCGUGUGUACUACCUGUCCUGGCUGAGGAACAAGAUUUUGCACAACGACCCAGAGGUGGAGAAGAAGCAGGGCUGGGUCACUGUAGGAGAGCUGGAGGGCUGCGUACACUACAAAGUCGUGAAAUAUGAGAGGAUCAAGUUCUUGGUUCUUGCCUUGAAGAACUCUGUGGAGGUCUAUGCGUGGGCCCCCAAGCCGUACCACAAGUUCAUGGCCUUCAAGUCGUUUGGUGACCUGGUGCACAAACCCCUGCUGGUUGACCUGACGGUGGAGGAGGGUCAGAGGUUAAAGGUAAUCUACGGCUCCAGCAACGGCUUCCAUGCCGUCGACGUGGACUCUGGGGCGGUGUACGACAUCUACCUGCCCACACACAUCCAGACCAAUAUCCAGUCCCAUGCCAUCAUCAUCCUGCCCAACACGGAUGGUAUUGAGCUGCUGGUGUGUUACGAGGAUGAGGGUGUCUACGUUAACACCUACGGACGCAUCACCAAAGACGUGGUGCUGCAGUGGGGCGAGAUGCCCACCUCAGUGGCCUACAUUAGGUCCAACCAGAUCAUGGGCUGGGGGGAGAAGGCCAUAGAGAUCAGGUCUGUGGAGACAGGACACCUGGAUGGGGUCUUCAUGCACAAGAGAGCCCAGAGACUCAAGUUCCUGUGUGAGAGGAAUGACAAGGUGUUCUUUGCAUCGGUGCGCUCUGGAGGUUCCAGCCAGGUCUACUUCAUGACCCUGGGCCGUACCUCCCUGCUUAGCUGGUAGUGUACACACACACCCAGCAGCAUGAAGACCGCACCCCUCGGUUUAUUACCACCAUAAUGAUGACUCAUGACAAUGAUUAUCUUGAACUUGACGUACAACUGGAGUACCGAGCUUCACUGAGCUCUGAGGCGGCGCGAUACCUAAAAUAUCACCUGUUUCUAUUAAGAAAAGACAAUUGCACGAUGAACGGACUGAAAUCAUGAAGGGAAGGCCACAGGGUCCCUAUAGGCUGAUGGGACUGUGUUUGUUUGUUUGUCAGUUGGUAGUGCUGUCAUCAUGCCCAUUGGCCACUCUGCUCUGACAACAAUCGUCAUCAGCUUUUCUGGGUUCUGGCCCCCAAACCCUACUAGAGCCUUCCCUUACCUCCUGCACCAGUGGAAGUAGGGAUCUGAGCCCGACUUAUUCAAAACACUUGUAGAUGUUAAUGUCUCUCUAUUGGAAGAAGAGAGAGGGGCUUGUGUGUGUGUGUGACAGAGGAAGAUGGAAAGAGAGGAAAAUAACAAAGGAUGAGAGACUGUUGCGGAGGAAGGGGACCUUAUAACACCAGACAGGUGAAAGGUCAUACUUUAGUUUGAUAUUGCGUUUAGUCCAGGUCAUGUUCAGGUCAACCUCUGUGUUGAGCGUUUCUUAGAUCAGUUCCUCUGACUGACACGCCGUUGCCACCACAUGGUUACGUUUUCAAAUGGGUCGUGCUUGACAUUGAAAAUGUAACUUUUGUCUCUUUUUCACUCCGGCCUUCCUCUUGAUAAAGGUUCAGACAGGGUUAAAGUAUAGAGAGAAGUUUCAACAAAGAUGUCGACUUAACCCUUAAUAGGACACUGCAACCUUAUAGGGGCCUUUCCAGUCCCAUAUACUCCUGAGGGUCUUUUCCAGCCUCCCUCAACUUUAAUGUGCCACAUUGCCUCUCCUUGGUCGUGUUGGGCAAACUGUGAAUGGGUUGAUAUGUACAGUAGACUCUAGAGAACGGUCUUGGUCAUGAGUUGAGACUUUGACCCACCAUUUGGUAGCAUGAUGACCAGGGUAUACAAUGGAACAAGUGUCAAGAUUAAAUAUACCUUAAAGAUUUGUAGAUGAAGCAUUAAAAUCCACAACAUAUCCAAAUGUAUCAGCAACCACAGCUUUCGAUUUGUUUGUUUUUCAUUUUAAUGGGCCCCUCCACUGAAUUCAGGUUUACGUUUGUGGCUACUUGUACAAUCUGUUGUGACAAAUGCAUUAGGUUUUGCUCAUAACUCCUACAGGAAAUGUAUCAAAAUCUGACAUUUGAGUGAGAUUGAAUUAAUAAAUGUAAAAACUAUUAUGAAGCAGCAUGGUCCCCAUUUUGAUACAUUUAUGAAAUCGUUGUAAUUCGAGGUUGGACCCUUUAAUACCAACAGACUAACAUAGUCGGGUAGCUUCACCCCCUCAGCUUGUCUGCAUUAUUUUAGUAUCUUGACUCUGAGGGCAGAAGGGAACAUUUUGUUUUGUACAGUCUGUCCCAGUCCAGGCAGUAGUAUGCUAUGGAUUAAAGCAACACGACAACAACCUGGAAGCUUUUCCAAACCCCAGCAGCUCCUGGUUUUAUUUUUGUUUUCCUCUCGCCUCUUGAUCCAACUAGUGAAAAAUGGGACUGCACUUGUUUGUCCUAAUGUUUCCUGGUUAGCCUGGGUGCCAGUCUGAAGCAGCAGCAAGGAGCUCCACUGUCCUUGUCUUCUGAAAUAGACUGGCACCACGGUUAGAUUCUUUGUAUGUGUGUAUGGACAAUUUUUUUAUUUUUAAGAAUGGAAAUCAUAAUGUCUCUAGGGUUACAUGUCCCUCCAAAGCUUGGCCCUCUUACAGUGGACUGUCACAUCCUAAAGAGGCCUGUAAGAAUAUAGAAAUGAGAAGCUUUUUCCUCUGCAAAUCUGUGAAACGCGAUGCAUGCCAAGAUGGCAUAAGUCACACAUUUUAACAGUGUUACAAACCACUACAGAAAGUAUCGAUAACAUUUUAAACUCCUAGAUUUAGUUUGUUUCUGUCAUUUUUAUUACCCUUAUAAUUAUGCGACUGCAGUGGUUUAAAAAAAUUAAUGCACACAUUAUGUUGAAAAUGUUUACAGAAGCAAUGUUUUGUUAAACCAAUGUGCAUCAAUAUAAAUAUUUAUGUAUUGUUUUAGGGCAAUUCUCCCUUUUUUUUAGCUUUUGUAUCAUUUGGAGGUUCAUGUACAGGAAUAACCCUCAACCUCUGUUCAUUCACAUUUAAAAAAUGACACAAUUCUGAGUUUAAAUCACUGAUUUUCCUGCAUAACACAGCAGUGUGCCCUUGGCUGUGGCAACGUUGCAGCAACGCUGUGACAAGGUUCUCUGCCGCCCAGGUGCCAGGUGACAUGUUUUCCUCAAGUGUUUCUACCAUGCUACUCUAAUUUAUGCCCUCUGUGUAUUGUGGGAAUUAUUGUAUUUUCCUCAAGGUCUUUUUUUCCAUUGAAUAAAAUGUUAAGUAAUUUA